GACAAUUCAAUGCUAUUAUGAGUUGAUGUUUAAGAAAGAAUGUAAAAAAGAUUCAAAACCAUUCGAUCAGAGUCUUCAGUCUUCACUCAUCACCAACAUCUUCCUAGGCCUAUCUGCAUAUAUAAUUUCUAUCUGUCUUUUUCCCCAGAAAAUCCUCUAUCAGCCAUGGUCAUUCCAGCGGACAGUGAGGUUCCCAGUGGGUGGCCACUCCGGCUAGGAAACAUGAAUAUUAGGCUGAGAUUGUUGGAGACAUCGACGGCGACGGCGACAUAUUCUUCCCCAAGUUUCUCCUCACUUUCCUCUUCAAAUCUCGACACCGAGUCCACGGCAUCAUUCUUCCCGGACCGGAGCGUGUCUCUGGGGCGGCUGAUCGGAAUUAGGCCACCGGGAAACCGAGGGUUUCCGGGGAAAGUGCAGGUUGAGGGAAAUCUGCAGAGUGAUAUUGAUCACAGAAGAUCGCAUUCAGAAGGUGGAAAGGGAGAGGGAGAGGGAGAAGGGGAGGGUGUUUGUGUUCCAUUGUUGCAGAAUGUUAUGGGGAAGAUGAGUCGCAGUAAAAGCAGCACGAAGCUGAGAAUGGGGUUCCAGAACUAGCCCAGAUUGGGGGCCGGCCGGGGAUCGGAGAUAAGCUAGCUAGCUCCAUUCUGCUCUUUUGUUUUCUUCUUUCUGUAUUUGCUGUUCUGCAUUUCUGCUCCCUUGAGCAUAAUAAAAGAUCCCCUCUGCCCUACCCUCAUAAUAUUCAAUUCA